AAAAAAUAAAUCGAAGAAAGGAGGAGACUGCAGUCUGCUUGGAGCGGCGACGAAGACGCCGUCGGAGCGCAGCCGGCAAUACGGACCUCGCCGCAGCCGUCGAUUUCACCGGCGUCGUCGAAACUUUGGGCCUUAUAUGUAACAUAUUUUCUCAUUUGCUUUCGAAUCACGAAGAGAAAUCCAGAGCAGAAUAUUCGGCAAUCUCGAUGAUGUUUACGGCGUUGACAAUUCAAUCGCCACCGUCCCACAUUAUCGUGUUCGGAAUUCUGAACGGAGCCCUUAACUCCUUUAAGCGCGAUAUUUCUCGGAUGUUCGCCAUCUUUUACGGUCAACCUAACAUUGAUGCAGUGGUGAGGUCUAAAAAGGACGAGGAUUCAUUCCCUUCUGCUGUUAAAAGUUUGAUGACAACUGUUGAUGACCAUUGCGAGUUGAGAUCCUUGGAUUGCUUUUCAGAAAAGCAUAAUUUUGAUGGCGAAGGAGAUCCGCGGGCUGUUUUCAACGUGUUGGACGCUCUGCUCAAGGGUAGUUUGGACCGUUUGAAAGCCAUGAGGGAAAGCAUAUCUUUAGCGAAGACAGGUCUUCAGAGAUGCAUUUUGGCGGCCGUUCAGCCUGACCACAGAGUCAUGGUUAGGGAUUUGUGUUUGAAAGGAAAGUUAGGAGCAGCUCUUUUGCUUCGGAGAAAGUUGAUAAAAGAAGGUUUUGUUCUUGAUUUACUCACGCACAAUUAUCUUCUUAAUGGACUGUGCAUAAACUGUGAUAUGGGGAUGGCAGAUUCUCUUUUUAGGGAAAUGUUAGAAAUGGGUCCUUCUCCCAAUUGUGCCACAUACAACAUUAUUAUUAAGGGUUCCUGCCUUCAUAAGAAUAUGGAUAAAGCUCUUGGCCUAUUUUAUACUAUGGCUAAUAGUGGCAUUACGCCAAGUAGAAUUACUUAUAACAUACUUUUACAUGCAUUGUGCAAGAGAGGCCUUUUAGAGGAUGCUAGGAAGCUUCUUGAAGAUAUCCUAGAUGAUGAUAUUGAAACAACAGAUGACGUAAUCACAUCAACUAUACUAAUGGAUGGUUGUUUUAAAAGUGGAGAUAUGAUUCAGGCUAUUGCUUUAUGGGAUGAGAUGGUUGAAAAGAAGACAAAGGUUGAUGCCAUCGCGUAUAAUGUCCUUAUUCAUGGGCUUUGUUUGAAUCAGGACAAGAAAAUUGCAUUUGGCUAUGUUGUUGAUAUGAUUAAGAGAGGUUUUCUCCCUGAUAUUUUUACAUACAACACUCUAAUUAGUGAUCUUUGUAAAGAGGGCAAAUUUGGCGAGGCUUGCUAUAUCCAUGAUGUCAUGUCAAGAAUGGGUGUUUCUCCAGAUCAAAUUUCAUACAAAAUGAUUAUUCAAGGUCUAUGCAUGUAUGGAGAUGUUAUCAAAGCUAAUGAGUUUCUUCAUUCCAUGUUAGAGAAAUCAAUGGUUCCCAAGCCUCAUAUUUGGAACCUGAUAAUUGAUUGUUAUGGAAGGUAUGGAGAUCUGAGCAAUGCAUUGUACAUCAGGGAUCAGAUGUUGGCUACCGGUGUGCUACCAAAUGUAUUUACUUAUAAUGCGUUGAUUCAUGCACAAGUUAAAGGAGGGAACAUAUUUAAUGCUUAUUCUCUGAAAAAGGAUAUGCUCUUGUUGGGUCUUUUACCUGACGUCGUUACUUAUAAUUUAUUAGUAAGUGGCGCGUGUAAGCGUGGACAGAUUCGUUUUGCCCUUCAAUUAUACGAUGAGAUGCUGAGAAAGGGAUACGAACCAGAUAAGAUAACAUACACAGAACUAAUAAGAGGUCACUGUAUGUGUGGUGACAUGAAGGAGGCAGAAGAUCUAUUUAUCAAGUUACAUAAAUCUGGUUUGCCAAUGGAUAUUGUUCCUUUUAGAGUUAUUUUUGAAAAGUACCAUAGAAUAGGAGAGCCUGACAUGGCAUUUAAAUUUUAUCAAAGGUGGUUGGCAAUGAUGGUAUGAGGAGUUGUUUAUCAAAAUAAAUUAUGCAAGGUAACAGCACUGUUGUUUUGUGUCACAAACAAACAUAGGGGAUUGGCGUCAGAUCCUGUUUACUGAGUUAUAAUUCAGCCUUCUGUUUGUGGACAUUUCUAAUGGGCAAUGUUCUCCUCCGAGAGAUGGUGCAGGAAACAUAACACUCUAAGAAUCCAAUCGAGCAGGAAACAUAGCACUCUAAGCAUCCAAUCGAGUAGGAGAUUUGGAAGGUGUUUUGGAGAAGAACUAUAAGCUGUAUGCUCCUCUUUCGUGAUGGGUUUAUGCAGCUGAUGGACUUGAAACUGUGGCACAAGUAUCUGCCUGGUUUUAUUGUGAAGGCAUGAUUCCACAACGAUGAGGAUGCAACCAAGAUCACGUUCGAGUAAUUGAAUGCAGUCAUGCCCAUGGAGUAUAUAGUAACUUUUGGUCGUAUAAUGCAAAGUGGCAGAGUUACAUGUGAUUUUGCGGUUAGAUCUUCGCCUUAUCAAACUGCUGUUACUACGGGGUGCAUCUUGAUGUGCAGAUCCUAUCUCGGUCAUGUUAACGCUGAAUGGCGAAGGUGAAGAGCAAAACAAACUUCAUUUUCUUUCAUCAAUCCAAGGCUUGAAUAAAACAAAGUAGCCAUUAUAUAAUGCAUCAUUGCAUUACACUCACUGCUCUUAUGGGGACCAUCAUGCGGUACAACUUUCCAUUACCCUUGUGUAUUCUGUCAAACCAUGAACACCAUAGAUGCUACAGACGAACCCGUGGUUCGAGUAACAGUGUUGAUGCUAAUCACUUUACAGAGCUGAUCUGGUGACUGAAGACAUGUUGGCGAAGGAGACGGUUUGUUUGGCCCUGAAUCAUGGAAUCGAGCUGUUCUUUUCCUGAGACUGACCUCCAAAUCUCCUAUCCAUAGGUUCUGGACCCCCCAACCGAAGAAAUCGAAAAAGAAAACGAUGUUUAAUGCAUACAUAAAAGCGUGUUUGUACUUGGAUCAGAGGGAGUGGGUAGGGAGUGAGUUAGAAAGGAUGAAACUCUGGAAAGAAUGGUAAAUGUCGACUUCAGACUUCAGAGGGGGGGCCCUUAUUGCACAUGGACAAGGGUACUAAACCAAUGACUGGUGUUGUUUGGCCUGAAAGUUUGGAGGACUGUUUUUCAGUGGCAGUGAAUAUUUGACUACUGCCAAGGAUUCUUCAGGGUAAAAAGAAAGAUUGAAGGACGUCGAGCCAAAACCACUUUUUCAAUUAGUCAUUCUUUGUUUCUUAGAGUGUGAGAUCUCAUCUUUUUUUUUUUCCCUUCUUUUGUUUUGGGGUAUCACCAAAAGUUUACUAUUUAAGUUACAGUUUGCAUGUUAUGUCCCCUAAACUCGUGGCGUGGCAAGGACUUGGAUAUUUCAAAUAGUUUGGGUAACGUUCUUGUUUUU